AGACCGUGGACUAACAGUGGCCCCGGCAGUAAAAUGGUCCCAGUUAAACUCCUCAUUCUGGGAGCUCAGAACACUGGAAAAACAGCGCUGUGCGUCCGCUUCAUAACAAAACGCUUCAUCGGCGAAUACGACCAUAAAAAGGAGGUGACCUACAGAUGUAGUCGGGUGGUGGACCAGGAGACUGUGGACCUGGAGAUUCUGGACGUAGCUUGUAAGGACAGCACUGUGGCUUCUCUGGAGUCGUCUAUCCGCUGGGCUGAUGGUUUCCUGCUGCUCUACUCUAUCACACAGCGCCUCGGCUUCCUGGAGGUCCCGCGCCUCAAGAAACUCAUCGAACAAACCAAACAGAGCCUGGUCGUUCCUACAGUGCUAGUAGCCAAUAAGGCUGAUUUGGAAAUAGGGCGGGAGGUGACAGCAGAGGAAGGACAGCGAAUGGCCAAGGAUUUAAGGUGUGGUUUCAGGGAGCUGUCAGUGGCCGAAGCCAUUUCAUCUGUGGAGGCAGCAGUGUUUCAACUCAUCAGGCUGGUGGUGGAUCAGCAGCAGCCUCUGCCUGACCGGCGCUCCUACAUGCUGACAGUUCGCCACGCUCUGACCAGGAAACUGACGCGAUCCAAGACCAUGCAGUGGUGACCCCAGAAGACAAACGCUUCACCAGCUACAGUUACAGGGGGACAUUUGACAAAUCCCUGCUGAUUUCAUGAUAUCGGCCCGUGCCACUGACAAAAAAAGAUGUUUGGACGUUGUUUGGUUUAAGCUUCGACCUUUCUGGAUUCAGCGAUCGUGCAGGAAGAGUCUACGACAUCACAAAAAUGACCCAAUUGUGAUGUUUUGCGAUUUAAAGCUGAUGAGUACAAGAAAUUGAACUUAAAGCAAAACUGGUAGAACAAACAGUUUGUGAUACUGCUGCCCAAUUAAAGAGCAUUCAUCUAGAAAAGAGGCAGAAGCAGGAUGAAUACAAUGAUUUAACAGAGGGUACAUGUAGUGGCCUAAUACAACUAAAAUAGAUAGAAAUAUAUAUUAUAAAAUAUAAUGAUGUUGGUACAUUUACUGUACAUCCAUAGAUGUAUGUGUCCUAGUUUGUAGUGUGUUUCAUCUUCCACUGGAGGGCGGUAAAGUCACAGUCUGCACAGUGGGUCAAAUACACACAAUAUGGCCAAAUGUAUGUGGACACCCUGGUGCAGCUGGAUGGAGAACAGAGAAGCAGUGGAGGUAACAGCAGCAGAUUUAGUCCCACUGUUUUGGAAUGAGAUGAUCCAGAAACCCAAUUUUAGGGUGUCCACACACUUUUGUAAUUCCUGUCAUUGUCCUCACACAUGCUGAUUUCUCUUACCUGUAGAUAGACAACAUAGUUAAACUUGUACUUGUUGUGUGUGUGUAGGCUGGCUUUCAUCACAUUGCUCGCGUUAUUCAGAUGGGUUUCUGUCGUUCCCCCUGUGAAUCCCCCUUGUCUCACCGCUCUCUCUGAACUUCUGAACUCCCUGAUCGACGACAGAUAGAGAGGAAACAAGAAAAAAAAGAGGAUAGACUGAAACAGGGGAGGAACACAUUGGCAUUUUAUUUGUGAGGAGCAGAGGAGGGAAGAAGUCUUAAAGCUGCCGAGUCUGAAUACAUGUUUAUGCAGACUGUUUUAUCUCCAGCCACAUGUAAAGAUAAGAUGGGAAAAAUCUACCUCCUCUCCAUCCCAGCACACUUUUCACUUAUUAUACAUGAACUCCUCCACCCAGCUGCCACAAACAAACCACCAACAAGCUCCUAAUGGGCCUAAUGUACCACCACAGAGGAAUGGUGGGAUCUGUCCUUCAAAUGCAGGACUAGACCACGUAAUGCAGUUUCAAAGUAUGAGACAAGACAAGAUAAAACACAGUAUGAAAAGAAACUGCCUCCAGUAGUUAGUUGCUUCAGUUAAGAUGAUUUAUUCCGAAGACUUUACAUCAAAACAAAUCUGUGAUUUUUGACAACCUAACAGGAAAUAAGCAUAAAUGAAUGGUCUGGUUUUGGUGAUGGUUUGUCAGGGGUUAAUUUUCUGAUUAGGACUUAAUGGGAGCCCUGUUAGGUUUUGUGCUGACCAUUUGUUUCCGACUGCUUGGACAUAUGAAGUCAUUAAUGUCAAAGCAUGAAUUUGUAUUCACAGUCAUGAGAGGGUGCUGCUGUGAAUACGCCUGUUAAUCCUCAGCAGAGGGGUUGAUGAGGACAGAAGCUGUGACGAUGAAGAGGAGCUGUGUGACAGUGGCAGUGCGGUGAGGGAAUCAUUGACUCACGCACAUGUAUAAACUGUGUGUUUUCCACCCCGGGGCUCUGAUGCCACCAAUCAUCUCACACCACCGAGGAGGAAGAUGACAGCUGCAGUGACGUCACAGCGGUCACCAAGGCGAUGAAAGGUCAGCAUCCCGUGUCACCUCAUUGGCUAAGAAUAGAGGAUGAGUCAUACACCUGCAUCGUCACACCAACGGCCAAUCGGGGAGCCGCCUGUG